AUGGAAGAGAACUCCUCGCCCGAGGGUUUCACGCUCUCCGAGCUCACCGCCACGGCCACGGCCGGAGGACGCCAACGAGCUCAAUCUGUGGAAGAUAAGAAACCACGACGCGGCCAGCCUGAUACCAAACCAGCUCCCGUCGUAAAGACCGAGAAACUCACUUCAAUGCGGAGGACGCGUGCCGCAAGUUCGGCCUCUUCGCGGAGUCGGGGGCGAUCCAUGGCUUCGCGAGAUGGGUCUGCUGCGCCUUCGGAAGACACUGUACGCGAAUCACGAGCAACGGGCCGCCGAAAGGGUGCAGCUGCGACCGCCGACGAAGGAACCCCGAAACCGCGGACGAAACGUAAACGUGGCGCAAGUGAAGCAGUGGAACUUGAACCCCAUCCUGCGGACAUCCCGAGAUUCGACACGACUCAAUAUGUCAUGGCUACGCGCAACUUCCACCGGACCGCGGCACCAAUUAUGAAUGAUGUAGCUACCCACAAGCUUGCCUCGAUCUUUGCAAAGCCAAUUAGCGAGCGCGAUGCCCCUGGCUACCACGAUCUCAUCUAUCGGCCAUCUGACCUGAAGUCGAUCAAAUCUGCCAUCCACCAGGGAAGCAAAGCCGUCGCCACCGCUGGAGAAUCAGCCAGCACUCCAGCCGGGGAUGGUGAGUCUCCCGCUCCUGGUGGCACACCGUCCAAAAGCGGCGUGCUUAUGUUGCAGAAGAAUGAAGAUUUCAUACCCCCUAAAGGAAUUGUGAACUCUGCACAGCUGGAGAAAGAGUUGAUUCGAAUGUUCGCCAACGCUAUCAUUGACCGGGGUUCGCGCGAGAGUACUCAACUGGGCGAUUCCGACGAGGGUGGUAUCAUCCAGGACUCGCUGGAGAUGUUUGAGGAUGUUCAGCAGGCUGUUACUCGAUGGCGGGCUGCUGAACGCACUGCCGAUGAAUUGGCUAAUAAGAAUGUCCUCUCCCUUCGGCGUGGAAGUGCCAGUGAUUUCAACACUGACAGUACUGAUGAUGUGAAGGGGUGA